CUUAAGACUACCAACAAACGGCGAGCAAAAUGUCUUUGUACAGCCUUCCUGUUGAGAUUCGAAACAAUAUCUUCUCGCGCCUCGAUAACCAGGAUGAACGCCACCAAUGAUCUUCUUUACUCGCAUAUCAAGCUGGAGAUAAAUGGAGAAACUGCUAAAGACCUAGGGAGGAUGGCGACCCUGAAUAGAUGCUGCCAGGAGUUUCCAUAUCUUGUGAAUCGCAUCGGUUCCGCGGAGCUCCGUUGGUGCUAUAAGGAGGACGUUGAGACAUACAACGAAUUUCUUGGCCACCUGGCAAAAUCAACCUCUCUUACGAAGCUGACGUGUGAGCUAUGCCAUGACCUAUCAUGGACGGCCAUAUCUGCUUUAUACAACUAUUCGGAUGGUAGUUUUACUCAUUUAAAAGACUUGCAGAUUGAGCUCAAUAUAGCGGGAAGCAAAGAGGUAUACGUGUCCACCGAACAGUUUCUCAAGCUCUGCGAGUUGCCAAAGCUGGAGGUUUUUACGGUCUGCGCGCCCAUAACUGGUUUUGGGAAUGGAACUAGGUCAGAAACCAUACUUGCCAAGUUGGGGCACCUUCAUUUCUGGGCAUCGCACCCUGUCCCCAUUUCAGCUUUGGAGUCGAUAUUACCCAGAGUUCCCAAUUUGACAUGCCUACAGCUCAGUGCACCUGGAGAAGGCACCCAAGUCAAUCGCAUGUUUGCCAAUGGUUGUUUUAUGCCUGGAUUCAACAGAGAUGAGCCUUUGCGCCCUUCCUUUUACGGAGAUUUGUUGGCUCCUGUCGCCGCUAGCCUCAAACAUCUAGUGAUGGAUGCUGACAACGUCGAGAUCCCUUCCCACGAUGGAUCUCACAUCGACCUGUCGCGCUUUACCAACAUUUCUCGGCUGGAAUUGAGCUCCUCUUUGCUCUUCGGCUCUGGUAAGCUGGUUAGUAGCUACGCGUGGGCGCAAAGAGUCUGGGAAAUUCUGCCACCGCACCUGGAAAAAUUUCGUCUGCUUUUUGACGGCGACCAGGGCCUAUUCUGGUCCGUGGGCGACAUGCGACAACACGCACGAUCCAAGACGUUCGACCAGCUGUGGUCAAGAACGGUCAAUAAUGGCUACGUCGACUGGCUGUUCGGACUGCUGGACAGAAGUCGCAAUAAGGCGUCCUAUCUCGUGUCCAUUACGAUAAACGAGCAACCCAUUAUAGAUAAAGACCAGAAUUGGAAGAUUGUGCAAUGGCAUAUGACAGACGAUCUCGUCGCCGCUGCCACUGCAGCUGGCGUGAAACUCGCCAUCAAGCUUCGUGUGCCUCGGAUAUUCGAGUCUUCGGCGCUCGCGCUGGCCGAAGAUUCGCUGGCUUACGGUGCUGAGGGAACAGUGAGCUACGAAGAGGAUGAUGCUGAGGUGUCAGCUAACGAAGCCGAGUGGUAGCGUAGACUAGUGGCAUCUUUUCUCUAUGGGGGCUCAUUUUACAAGAAUCUUUUUCUAACACUUAAAAUUUAUGAGAAAAUCUACAUCUGGACCCCUGAGAUAACCCAGCCCCUUUAUAGGUAAUCACCAUUUUCGGUGCUAUAGACUCUUGAGCUUCCGGGGGGCGAACAGAUGCGCAAUGCCACCAAAUAUCGUGAUGAACUAAAUUUUAACUUUAGCAGACAUUCGAUAUAUUCUUUUAUGACUAGA